AUGGCUGCAACAGAGACCCUUCCAGAUGGGCAUCCAGGAGAGAUUAUCCUGUUCAGCUUCCCGGAGUCUGUGUAUGGCAGACGCAUGGUCAGGUAUCUCGAUCUGCGUGGAUUUCCUUUCUCGCAGAUUCGUGUGCCACCCAACAUGCCGCGACCCAUACUGCAGGAAAAGCUCGGCAUCAACUAUCGACGAAUCCCCGUCAUGUCCAUUGGCAGAGACAUCUACAUUGACAGCCGCCUGAUGCUGCACAAGCUCGAGACGUUCUUCCCGGAAGGCAAGCUUGGCUCACCAGACCCCUUCAACUCAGGCUUUGAGGAUAUGCUGGAAGAGUUCAUUAUCGACGGAGGUCCUUUCUGGCGAACGAGUGGCUGUUUACCACUCAAUGCACCUCUUGUGCAAAAUGAAGUGUGGAUGAAAGACCGCUUCGAUGGGUCUGGUGGGCAGUUCACCAUGGAGAAGCUCGUAGAGAAUAGGUCCUGGUGCAUCAGUCAGCUCACAGUGUACUUUGGUAUGCUUGAGAAGAUGCUUGCUGACGGCCGACCCUGGUUGAUGGGCAAUUCCGAGCCAGGACUGGCAGAAAUCCAUGCGGGAUGGGUCUUCGACUGGGCGAUCAAUAUGGCAGGCGAUAUGCAGAGUGAGUCAGACGAUUCGAUGGCAGACAUGAGGGGGGCAUUGGGCCCAAAAGUGUAUCCAAACGUGCAUGCUUGGAUAGACCGCUUCAGGAAGAUCACAGCCGAGACCGAGAAAAGUAAACCAAGCGCUGGACAGCUCGACGAAGGCGCACAGGCCGAAGCAGACAUUGUGAAGCGCAUCCUUGACAGCGCGCUCACAGAAAGCGAUGCUACCACUGUCGAUGAGAGGGACGUGUUGAAUCUCCGGCGUGGCCAGAGAGUGAGCGUUGCGCCAGUGGACUUUGGCUUCACACAUAAAGAUGAGGGAGAGCUUGUUGGCCUUUCAAAGGACGAAGUCGUGAUCCUUUCAGAUGUGCCCGGAGGUCGAGGCCAGCUGAGACUGCACUAUCCAAGGAUCAACUUCAAGAUUCUUCCACUGGCAUAG